AUGAGAUUUCCACGAGCAGAACACGAGCCGGAACCUACAAAUUAUACGACACCAGAACCUACAACUGAGCCCGAGACGGAACCCUUUCCCUACGGGGCUCCAAAUGCUGAACCAGUUCCCGAAUGGCCCGCUGCGAGAGAUGUAUGGAAAGGGGCUUGGGAACUACAUUAUAUUGGUUUUGGUGUGUUGUUCUUACUACUAGCAAUUUGGUCUAUUUUGGCUUUAAUUCGCGCUCGUAACACAACGCUUCUUGUGACACGCCGUUUUUGCUACGCUGUGAAUUGCUUGCUUAUUACAUUUGGCAUCACAAGAGCUCUGGCGAUGUUUCUAUACCCUUACGAACUUGUUGAUAAUGCAGGGGGAACUCCAGUGGUCUUGGAGAGAUUACUGUUUGGUAUAGGCUUCCCAUGUCUCAUCGCGGGCUUCACGUUGAUUCACUAUGCUUUCCUGGAAGCGGCUAAAGUGACUUUUUCCAAACGACGGAUUCAAAGUUUGCGGUUCAUUCUCGGGGUAAUUGGCAUUCAUGUCGUGCUGGUUUUGGUCGCCGAGAUCGUCACAUCGUACGUUAAGAAUACAAGUGUUCUGGUUAUAAUAUGCAUGAUGUAUUUCAUCGUCUGUGCAUUGUCCGUGUCCGUGAGCGUGUUUUACAGCGGUUUUCACGUCAUGAAGGAAUCGAAGACACACAGACGUACGUUAAAACGGAUCAGUGUUCGUUCGACUGCUGUUGCGAAAGGCGACAAAACAGCAUCCGUAAAAUAUUCAAACAAGGAAAGCAAUACAAAUAAAGUUGCUCGUGUUACUAUGGCAACAGCGUGUCUCGGGGUGGCGUGUGCAGCAAUACAGAUCUACGCAAUGGCGGCCGUGUUCAAGGUCCGCGCCGAGGGACCAAAGCACCCAGACCCUUGGCCAUGGUGGGUGUACAUUACCAUGUUUCGGUUGAUAGAACUGGGACUCGCCAUCACAAUGGCGUAUACAGUAUCUCAGCCAAAGAAAGGCGACACAAGAAUACAUGAGUUCGUCCAUUGUUGUACGUCAGUGCAUAUUAACAGAAAAGACACUUUUACUGACAGUGCGCCCACUUUGACUGACACUACUGUGAGACAGAAGGAUUCUACAGAUGAGCAAAACCAACAUGACCAUGUCUAUGUAUAA